CUAAACUCACAGGCCAGUGUGGUGAGUAGCGCAACGUCGGUUGGAAAGUACAGUAAUGACUCUUUCCCUCAAUUUCAACGUUCUGGCGGCGCGAUCGGUUCGGGAUAUUCAUCCGGGGUGCUAUCCGGUGUGAAUUCUGCCCAAGGAUCUAAUCGACCAGAACCGGUUACCAAUACCGCCGGUCCAUCGUCCACCGUGUCACCACGACGGCUCCGUCAUCCGGCCUAUUCGCUGUCUACAGAGCAGGCUCCGGUCGGAUUCACAGACCCGACGUUGGACACACCAACAAAGGCUUCUGGUUCACGUUCUUCGUUGGGUAAUCUGUCCGCAUUUUCCGCCAACUUGGAAGCCAACUCACCGGGAGCAGUCGAAAUGCAAAAGGUUGCCGAACGUCUGGAACAUGUGAAGCAUUGGCGUGAGGCUGCAGUCAUGAAUUCCUCCGAAUUCACUACGGGAACUACAAACACAACCACCGGUAGCGCAAGUGAUGUUGGCGAGGAUGAUGAGAUUAUUCUAGGCAACGAAGAUGAGGUUACGGGCUGCGGUGGUGGCGGUGGCACGGUCGGGCCAGAUCAGACUAUCCCUUCCACCAUCCGCCGAGUACAAAGUGGACAUGCUCGUAUCCCUGCUUCAGCCGAAACCACUUCAAACGAAAAACGUACACUGGUCGCACACGAGAAAACUCUCACUCUUGGUUCAUCCGCCACACGUAACAAUUUGACUCACUCCUCAUCCACUCGGACUCCACUUCCACCAACCACGGAAUCUGCAUUAUGCUCGGAUCCCUCGGCUCCUCUGGUUCCCACUCCGGUGCCCUCACCAGCAGCUAGUGGUGUAGGGAUUGGACGGUUCAUCAUCACCCGUUCAGUAGCGGAACCGGAAACGCGAAACAACGUUUCACCGGGAAUACAUACCAAAUCUGCGGCUGUGUUGCCUACGGAUACUACACUUACUGAGGAUAAUUCAGGUACUGCGGGCUCUUUAUCACAAAAGACCAGCCCGUUUAUUAAAUCACGUUCACAUCACGGCAGAUCAAAACAGCUAGAACCGCAUGCUAACGGUCGUUUGGCGGUUUCUUGUUCACCAGAACGAUAUAGAGCUCUGAGCUCCGGAGUUGAGCCUCCUAGGGUGAACAAUGACACUUUCCCUUCUAACUUUGAUGCAAGCCGACUAUCAGUUCCAGCUGGUCAGAACACGCGAUUAGAUACCGCGACUGACCUGCAAAUCCCCGCUCUCAGCGCUCGACAACAAUGGGCUGCUCGUUCCGUCCCACUGACACGUUGGCUGUUAGAACAGGCCGAACUGGUUCGGACUGAAUCAAGCAGCAGCUAUUCUAUGGGCAAACUUGUGGAACAAUUCGGUUCGAAACCGAUCACUCCAGGACUGUGCUCGAAUCCGCGGUCUGACUUGUUUUCCGGCGGUUGUCAACGCGAAAAAUCAGAUCGCGAGCUCUUUCCCACGGGCCACCACCAAGUUCGUCGGGGAAAAUCCGUCUCUAUUGAUGUCCCGGCGAGACAAGCAGAAUUACGAACUGGAAGUAAGUGUUCAUUAUUGAGGCAGAAUUCGUUUUACUUUCGGUGUUAA